CUUCCGGGUCAAGCAGCCAGUUCGGCCGGAAAAAGCUCGGCGCUCGUCUGGUUGGGCUCCACUCACAUCUUUUAAUCUUGAAGACUUCAAAAUAUACCUGGAUCUACCUUUUUUGUGUGUGCGUGAGGCGAACGUGAUAACCACUACACUACGGAAACUUGCCUUUGUUUUUUUUUUUGAAGACUCCAGUACCAAGCAAUCAAUGACCAACUGUGCUUUUGUUAUAGUGUAGAAGCUUUUGAGUUCUCCAGUCUAAACAAGAGUUUCUCCCAUUUUCCCAUGAAGCCACAUUGUUGUUUAUUCACUUUAGUGGUGAUUGUUAUUGUGCCAGAAGCAUUUGCUUUGGAAGAUGUAGGCUUCAACCAAGUGACCCCACUGGGAGUGAAUCAUAGUUCUUUCAAUGCAUCAUUUCUCCCAAGUUUUGAACUCUCACCGGAUUCCCAUUCGGGUGAUGAUGUCAUCAUAGCCAGAGAGGGAACUAGUGUUUCAAUCGAGUGUCUUCUCACAGUCGACCACUUUGAAGAUGUCUAUUGGUACAACUCAAAAGGACAGCAACUGGAUGACAGAGACAGAGGUGGAAAAUGGUUGGUUUCUGGUAACUUCCUGAAUAUCACCAACAUAGCCUUUGCUGACCGUGGGCUCUAUACAUGUUCUAUCACCUCUCCAAUCCGUGCCUCCUACUCGGUCACCCUGCGGGUUAUCUUCACCUCAGGAGACAUGAGUAUCUACUACAUGAUUGUCUGCCUGAUUGCCUUUACAAUCACUCUCAUCUUGAAUGUCACACGGCUCUGCAUGAUGAGCAGCCAUCUUCGUAAAACGGAGAAAGCCAUCAACGAAUUCUUCCGAACUGAAGGGGCAGAGAAACUUCAGAAGGCCUUUGAGAUCGCCAAACGCAUCCCCAUCAUCACCUCGGCCAAAACGCUGGAACUCGCCAAAGUCACACAAUUUAAAACCAUGGAGUUUGCUCGUUAUAUCGAAGAACUGGCAAGAAGCGUCCCUCUGCCACCCCUUAUUCUAAACUGUCGGGCCUUUGUAGAGGAGAUGUUUGAGGCUGUGCGAGUGGAUGACCCUGAUGACAUGGGAGAAAGAAUUAAAGAGAGACCUGCCUUGAAUGCUCAAGAUGGCAUCUAUGUCAUUAACCCAGAGAUGGGCCGGAGUAAUUCACCAGGAGGUGAUUCGGAUGAUGGUUCUCUGAGUGAGCAAGGCCAGGAGAUAGCAGUUCAGGUUUCUGUCCACCUUCAGUCAGAGACCAAGAGUAUUGGUACAGAUUCUCAAGACAGCAGUCAUUUCAGCCCACCUGAUGAUAGAGAAUCUGUUGAAUCAAGCUCUAACUACAAAGAUGGGACACAUGACAGUUGCCAGCUGUGACCUAUUCCGGUGCCUAAAAACUGCUCUCAGAAAAGGAACCUGUUUCAUGCAGGAAAUAACAUUUUUACCAGAAGAUAACUGAGAUUUUUCCCCCUUUGUUAAUAUUAAGCACAUCAGAAUGUGAAUUACCACCAAAAUCUUUGUAAAAAUUAAGCAUUUUUUCUUAUCUCAUCUUUCUCAUUUCCUCUGAGUUUGACUUGAUGACACAUGUUGAGAUUUAAAAGAGCCUGAGAGAGCAGCAUAAUGGGGGAAGUCCCGCACCAAGAGUUACAUGGCUUCUCUUCUGGUCAUGGUUCUUCCGUCAUUUAGGGCUGACCUUUAUCUUGAGGCCUCAGUUUUCCCACCAGUAAAAUGAGGGAUUUGCACUAGGUGAUAUCUAAAGUUGUUUCUGCCCUAUAACUUCUUACCUGCCACCCUUACACCAUCGAAAUCUUCAGCAAACUUCUAACUAAACCCUUUCCUAGACUUUCAGUCCCUUCUUAUGGAAAGGAACAAGCUGAGACUUAAUUCUGUGAUUUGGAUGCCCACACCAAUGCUGUGCAUAGAGGUGUGAGUGAGUGUUGGUCAGAUGUCUUGCCUGCUGGAGCGUAUAGUUGUAUGUGCUAGGUUGACUCUUUCCAGUGUAGCCCAUUUGUCUGUAUUGUUAUGCUGAUAUCAGGGAGUUAACUGCUCACUAGUAAGCUACUUUCCAUGAGUAAAUUGGUCCUUUUAGGGGUAUAUCAUGUCUUUUCAACUUACUGGGGCAUCAUUUAUCUCAUUGAGCUGGCAGUGAUUUCCCAACUUAUCUCCAAAAGUGAACAAUUUGUUCCUAAAGAGUAAUGUCUCCAGUGUUUUUAGAAAAAGAAAGAAUGUCAAAUCAUCUGUCUCUGGGAAAUUAUGGGUUUUGACAUUUCUGUUAAUAGAAUUUCUCAGGCUUUCCCUUUUUUGAAGUACUGGAUUCUGCAAGAUGGUUCUGUGGGAUCCCAUUGCAGGGGGAAACCCACAGCUGAAUUCCUUUUUAGCCCUCAGUCAAUACUCUUGCCCUUUAUGGUCUUAAACAUGGUGCUAAAGGUUGCAUGCCUCCUUACUUUGUUUGUCUUGUUUAUACUAUAUUGUUACUGAGGUUUUUAUUUUUAUAUACUUCAGAUAUAGAAUUCUGAGCUUAGGGCUGCUUUUGUGGCCUUUCUGAAAAGCACUAACCUGAUGUAAGAUUACAUAAUGAAUGGUGUGUGCAGUGUGCUACUAUAUUAAAUAUAUAUAGAUAUACAGAUAAAAAGAUAAAUAUACACACGUACAAAUGAUCUAGACAUGGAAAAAUUAUGAAUGAUACCACCUGAUUCAACUGUGUGUAAACACUUAAGACAGUGUUUCUUGCCUCGCUGAGAUCUGAUAUAAUGAAAUUGUAAAUACUCUUCAGAAUAGUUUCUUCAGCUACAGUAAGCUUGGUGUCCUAUAAUUUUAAGAACUUGGCAGUGGAGCUCCAUGUGCUUCACAUUUCUUUAUUUGGCUUCUGAUUACUGAAGCAUUACUUGAACUAGAGGUUCCUGAGGGAAAUGUUCAGAGGAGGUUUUAUCAGGAUUUUAAUUUAUGGUUUCAAACGGAGGAAGGCAGGAAAUUCAGAGUGUGAUCAGAUAGAACUCCUGCCUCCCUUUGUCAGAGCUUAUCAGAAGUAAUACAUCUGCUCUGGAUAGCAUGAACGAACCAGUGUGCAGUUUUAUCAGAUGGCAUUACAGAUAAAGAUGAUAAUGUUGCCUUUUCUGUCUCUCAGGCUGUUUCCAUGGAAACCUCCAGAGCCAAACAAAAGCUACCAAUCAUUUAGCCGAAGCUUGUCUUGGCUCAUAGACCUGUAUUUCUUUAAAGAAAACUGUUUUCAUAUAUUUGGCUAUGAGAACAGGGGCUCUUGAACAUGCCCUAGAUUAUAGAACACUUUUCCCUUCCUAGAAUGUUUCUCUUGAAAGUAUAAAAAUCUUUAGAAUCGCUUGUCUUAGAUCUGUCCCCUGCCCUCGUAUCUCUACGUAACACCUCCAAAUCUGUCCCAGUAUUGCAGGUUUGGGGUCAUUUUUAGAAUUUUGCUUGUCACAUUAAAGAGAAUGGAUUUACCCUACAUGUUCCCAUAAUAGACAUGAGUGUUUGGAACCUUGAGGUAGGCAUAUUUAGUGAUCAAAGUUCUGGGAAACAGGACUUCAGAAAAAUUAAGGAAAUAAUGAAAAAAAUCUAUAAGCUUGUGCAGUACUGUAUGACAAUUAAGUAUAGGCUACUCCAGUGUAUCCUAGAUAAAUUAUUUUAGAAACAUAAUGGUAACUUAAUUUGGUGGCCAAAGUGACUGGCUUACUUUAAGUAUUCCAAGUUAUGGUGCCAUUGAUAAGGAAUUAAAGUAGGUCAAAAUUUAAGUGGAGUUGGUAUUACUUUCUAAAGCUAGUUGCUCAGAGAAAGAAACCACACUUACUAACAUUUUCUGUAGCUAAUCAAAUACUCUUUAUAUGAUUAAUACUCAUGUUAUCUUUUUGUAAAAUCCUUAACCUUUUGAACUUAAUCUACAGUCUAACAGUCUUUUGACAAUAAUGCUAGUGUAAUUAUCUUUUUGUCUUGCUGGAUUUUAUAGUUAGCGAAAAUACUUUUACUCAACAAAUAUAUUUGAAAUAGUUCUGUCAUCCCAUUUAUAAAUUUUGUCUUGUGAUUUAAUGAGCCUUACUGUCCUUAUGAAAUGAAAUGGUGGCUUUGUGAAAUAAAUUUACCAAAAAUAGACAUGUAGAUAUUUUUAUAGAUUCCUUGCCAACUGAAACCAGACAGAUGGGCAUCUUUUGAACUGAUGUGCCAUUUGUUUACAGGAGGUUUGAUAAGUCUGUCCUCCAGGUUGCAUCUGUUGUGAUAGUUUAGUUCUUGAGUUUGGCCCAAUGAGCAUUUAUAUUUCCUACCAGAUACCUUGAUAUAAAUAUCUUGGGAGUUGUUGACCUAGAAUGGUUGUAAGUAGGCUCCUGGCUUCUUCACCUCACUUCGCUUUCCCUUUUGUCCUCCAGCCUCAGUGAACCCCUUGGCACAGUCCUCUCCAUGCCUUGCAUGUAGUUUGACCCAAGAUCAGACUUUGUAUUCUGCGUCCCAGAACAGCAUGGAAACAUGGCAUGCUUGUUUUCCAGGGCCCAGCCAGUCGUGGGUGCUAGCAUUGUCUCCACACACCAGCCACUGUAACACAGGUAUAUCAGAUUUCCUGAAUCACCAUUAAGAAAACACAGUCUUUUCUCAUCUAAGCCAGAAGUGUUGAAAAUGCUGAGCCUUAUACAUAAACUUAUAGGUUGUCAACACAUUUCAUAAGAAUAAAUGAGUAUUAUUUGAUAUGGUUCAGAUGAUGUUUAAAUGCUUACCAUUUCAAUGAACUUACAUUAUACUUUUGUCCUUUAAAAAGUUGUACUUGAAUGUAAUUUAUUAAAUGUUCAAUGGCAUAUAUUUCAUUUGUCUGAAGUCUUCUAUAGAGAUAUAUUCAUUUUUAUGUGUGAUAGAAUGUGUUUUUAUUGAUUUUAAACAGGCAUAAAUUGGAAUUCAACUGGAUUCCACUAUGGCUACCCAUUUGCAUUUCACAAACAUUUACUAAGCAUCUAAAUGUUUUUGGUGUAUUGAGCCAUGCUAAGAUGGGUGUCCUGACGACAGUUACCAUGAGAAUGCAGCUACCAGACCGUCUUCACUAGGCCUCAGUACAGCAGUUUCCCACUUCUGAAGUAAAGUAUUCCUGGCAAAGGCAACAGCUGGAACUAAGGCGUAGAGACCAGAGGAUUCAGCACAUGUUUUGGAGAACCUGUGAUUCGUAUGUAAAGUUAGUGAUGCAGUUUGGCAGUGGGAGGUAUAGCUCUGGUGGAAGCACAUGUCUGUAGUCCAUGGGAGUGAAGGGUAAUGAUGGAAAGCAGGCAUGGAAAAGCGCAGGAUCUCAGGAGACAGGCAGAGGUGCAACUCAUUACUUAAAUGCCACAGACUCCUUAGAAUGAAGACCUAGCCCCUAGCUCCCUGUGGUGAAAGAUCACCAGACUUAAGCCUGAUUCCACCACUAGCCAUGUAACGAUGGUACUCAGCCUCUCUGGACGUCAGUGAAAUGGAGUUGAUAACACCUGCCUCACAAAAUUAACGUGAGGGUUAAUCAUAGCGACAUGUAAGCAAACAUUGUGCAAGCAGUAACAUGCAGUAUAGUGUGAAGGGCUGGUAAUCACAUAGUCACCGAGUGUCAGCUUUAUUAGCGUCCAUGUCCAGCUGAUGACUGGUUGUGUUUGGACUCAACUAAAAAUUCCUCCAGAUCUCUCAGUUACAGUUGCAUCUGGCUGCAUGCUGUGGAAACCCAAUUGUGCUGGCCUUCCCAAAGAAGAGGUUUAUUUUCCUCAAAUAAGAGAAAGUCCAAGGCUUGUGUAGGGGCCCAAGUUUGGCAUCCAGGGCUCCAUCCAUGUCUUCUUCAUCAAAGGACUCCUAGAUUCCUUUCCUCCAUUAGCAUGUGGUUUUCAUCUGCAUACUCACAAGAUGUCUUAGAUUGGGUUCCCUCAUCCUAAGAUAGAUUCCUGUGCAAGUAGUGUAUUUGGAAGGUGAACCCAGGAGGGUAGGAGAGUAGGGAAGUGAGACAGAAAAGAAAGCCAGUACAGGAUGCAUUGAGUGAGUUCUUGCUGUGGACAACUGGGGUUUAGUCCCUCUGGGGACCUCAAGGCACUCUGCCCCCAGUGUGCAUAGCUCAUGCCUCAGAGUUGUCCCACCUGAAGGCCCAGGAGCUCGGGUGUUUAUGCACCAAUUUACGUCUGUCAUUGAGGGCUGCUUCCAGGGUCACUAACUUUCUGGCACUUCCAAUCUGCCCCCCCACACACACACACACACAGGCUAAUUGUGAUCCUGUAGCCAGCAAAAGCCCUCUGGCAGAGACACAGGAGCUUUCAGUAGGAAGCCUGUGGUAAACAUAGCAAUGGUGAGUGUCAUAGGGUUAUGGACAGAGCACUGACAGCACCUGCUGCUACACCAGACAGCUCCUUCCCUUCAGCAUCACGUCUGCCUUCCAGGCAGGGAGAAGGGUAAAAGGUCAAAGGGCAAAAGACAUGGCCUCUGAAUCUGUACCUUUUUAUCAAGAAGGCUAUAGCUUUCCAGAAUCCUCACCUGACUUCUACUGCUGAGCUGCCAGAACUGGGUUACGUGACUACCUACAGUAGCUCUAAGAAAGCCUGGGAAGAUGAAGUAUAUUUUUUAACUGGAUACAUUGCCCCCAGAGGAUUCUAUUAUUAAGAAAGGAGGAAAGAACAGAAGUUGUAGGCAACUGGUAAUGUGUGACAAGAUCAUCUUCACAUGAAUUACAGGAGCAAAAUCUGGUUCUGUGUCAGAAAAAGUUGCAAACCAUCUUCCUUGAAGAUAUUCACAUGUGUGGACAAAGAACCAUAUCAGCAAAGGAUGUUGCAUCCAGCAAGCCAUCAGCCAUUGCAGUCACCCCUGAAUGUGCACCCUGAAGGGAUUCAGGAUGGAGAAAAGCAGGAUACUGGGCCUAGAUAGUUAAGGUGCAUAUCAAAGGAAUGAAUUCAGUGAGCCCAGACUCUUGAAUCUUCCCAUGCAUAGAAAAGUGUUAAAUUCAUUAACUUAAGAUGUCUGGUUUUCCUUUAAUUAAUAGUAAUCUUUUUAUGUUCCAACUACCUGAGUUUUGUUGGAAAAACUCCUAUAGAUCUAUAUAUACUGGCCCCUUCCUUACUUUGGUACAGCCCCUCAGAGCUAUCUGAGAGCCUGUCUGCCAGGCUUAAGCCCCCAGUAUAUCCACCAAUAAAACAAGUUCUCAACUUUUA